UUUAAAUAACGUCUUUCUUGAAUUGACCAGCCGUUCACGAACAUCAUGGCGACGACCGUGAAUAGUGGAAAUGUCCCUGUGUCGGACACACAAUCCACAACCUCGGCUGAUCGACGCUAUGAAGGUUCAACAUUCCAGUACAGCAUGCUCCUGGAGCACCUAAUCGGGGAGAAGAGGCCGAUUAAAGAUUUGAAUCCAACCGUUAUGGGAGGUCUUCCCAAUCCCAUGAAAACCGACGACCAGAAGAUGAUCGAACGGGGAAUGGAGAGCUGUGCCUUCAAGGCGGUGUUGGCAUGUGUUGGAGGGUUUGUUCUUGGGGGAGCGUUUGGUGUGUUCACGGCUGGCAUAGAUACCAAUGUGGGAUUUGACCCCAAAGACCCCAUGAGAACACCUACUGCCAGAGAAGUCCUUAAAGACAUGGGCCAGAGGGGAAUGUCCUACGCCAAAAACUUUGCAGUCAUUGGAGCAAUGUUCUCCUGCACAGAGUGCAUCAUUGAAUCGCACAGGGGAAAGUCAGACUGGAAGAAUGCUGUCUACAGUGGUUGUGUUACUGGGGGAGCAAUAGGAUUUCGUGCUGGGGCGAAGGCUGGAGUGCUGGGAUGUGGAGGUUUCGCUGCCUUCUCUGCUGCCAUUGAGUACUAUCUCCGGUGAAAACCAGGGGGCCUUCGUUACCCCUGUUGAAUAUGGUUGAGGUGACUGUCCCUCUGGGCCAGUAACAGACUUUAUACCUCAUGGAAAGAAACACAUCCCAGAGAACACUGCUCUGCAGAUGGCACAUCUGGUCAUGAGGAUUAUUACAGUUGGACAAUUCCAUCCUGGUCUUCAUCAAUCAAUUACAAUUAUAAAGCCCUUCUUACAUCAGCUGAUGUCACAAAGUGCUGUACAGAAACAGCAAGCAAUGCAGGUGUAGAAGCACAGUGGCUAGGAAAAACUCCCUAGAAAGGCCAGAACCUAGGAAGAAACCAGGCUAUGAGGGUUGUGCCAGGUGGAGCUUAUAACAUAACAUGGCCAAGAUGUUCAUAGAUGACCAGCAGGGUCAAAUAAUAAUAAUCACAUUGGUUGUAAAGGGUGCAACAGGUCAGCACCUCAGGAGUAAAUUACCUUUUGUUGACUGUAUCCUGUGCACAGUGAUGUCAUGCUGGCUUUUCCUUUAUCGAAGUUAAACUUCGUCAUUGAGAUUAAACUGUGGAUUUUAGAUGAGAGCUGUUUAGUUGUGGGUAAAAUACAGCCUGGUGACAUUAAGUCAAAAGUUUGAGUCCAGGUCAAUGGGUGUGUUUGAGUGUUAAGGCUAAAGCAACAAACACUAAAUGUGCCAUUGUUUAUAAAAGGUUUUCUGUGCCAAAAUAAACAUCUGCAUCCUCCAACACCCAUAUUA